AUGUCGCUCGUUCCACCUUCUCCGAUUGGCAACACGCCCACAUCCACAAAUGCAGAGGGCUUUCUACUCCUCACCAUAUCGAAUGCAAUCCUCACAUCAACAGCAUUCGCGCAUCCAGUCCCAACUCCCAUCGUCGGGACGCUUUCGCUCGAGUGCGUCACCAUCAACGUCUCCGACCCAUUGGAGCGCGACGUCUGGCUCGUCUUGCGCGUCGAACCUCCUCUAUCGCCCGUCACCAAUCAACCACACGCAGGUCACCACGGGUUUGAGUACCCACUACCUGCGACGCAAAAGAUUGUAUUAAACCGAACGGAGAACCGAUACACGAUGCCUGUCGUCAGCGGUGGCGAGUUGACGAUUCGAUUGCCAAAGGGACUUACAGCAGCACAAAAGGAGGACCUGGAGACGCUCGAGGUCUUGUUGGCCCAAUACGCCGUCCUUCAUGUCCAAGAAGGUCCCGUGCCAGAUGCGCAUGGUGCGCCAGGAAGUAGAUCAUCGCCUACAAUGUCAAACGGAAUGGUUCAUGACGCGGAUGGCGACCUCAAGGGACGACUCGUUCUGGUCGACGAGGAUAACGGCCAAAUUGUUGGUACGCUUGGCGAUCAAUUUGAGGUUCGAGAGGAUGCUACGCUUAAUAUGGAUGGACACGAAAAAGAUCCCGUCGUCGUGGAGAUUCCAGAUGACGAGCAGUGGGGAACAGGCAGGGGAUGGUCGACUGGCGAAGAUGGACGACCGAGGGUUCAAAAGCAAAUCUUUGUCCACCCCAUUACGGUGGGCGAUUCGGAUUGGAUGAGCAAGACGGCCGGUUUCCUCGGACGAGGUAUCGUGUUUGCAACAAACGCUGUCACGACAGGUGUAACAAGUGCAACAAACUUGUACAUCUCCAAGAGCGCACCAGCGACCGAACCCAUCGUGUUUAGCGAGACGACGAAACGCAACGUAAAGCGUGUACACAAUAUUUCCGGUAAAGCGGUCCAAGUCACGGCCAAAACGACUGGUCUCAUUCACCAAACCGUCGAGCGACUUGCCGACAAGGUCUCUGGACAUAAACCCGCACCGCCGCCAUCCUCACAUCCUCAUUCGGGUACCUCAACGCCGGGAUCUGGAUGGAAUUCUCCUUAUCCUGGUGGCUCUACUACCUCCCUUCGUGGACCAAAUGCCUUUGGACCAACAAGCGCUGCACAUACGCCACCGCCACCUCCCCCCAAACGCCGUUUACUCAAUCGUCUGCUCACUUCGACCGACUUGAUCCUCACGACGGUCGAGCAGUCUGCUCACCAUCUCAUUUCGCACACCACAAACUCGCUGAGUGCCGCCGCGCAUCAUAAAUACGGACCAGAUGCAGGCAAGGCUGUGGGAAUGAUGGGUGAAAGCGUAAAAAAUGUCGGUGUCGUCUACAUUGAUGCGCGAGGGGUUGGACGAAGAGCGUUGCUCAAGUGUGCCGGGAAGAGGAUCAUCAAGGCCAAGAUGGGUGGACGAGACGUCGUGUUCCAGGAUCAAGGUGCUGGUAAGGGGACGGUGAUGGUGGAUGAAAAGACACACGACGGUGCGCCCGUUGGCGUCACGCAUGGGCCACCCCCUGGUGCGCCUCCCUCGUUUGGUGCACCUCCACCAUAUCCACCUCCUAUGUCCACCAAUGCACUAUAUGCACCGUACAAGCGCGGGACUCAGGGACCUUGA